AUGUCGGUUUCCUCUGCCUCUUCCUCUUUAAGCAACCGCCCCCCCUCGCGUCGCCUUUCCCUUCAUGUACAGGAGCUGAAGCAGCAAAAGCAGCAGCAGCAAGGCCGAAACGCGCCGGAGCUGCAGCAGCAGCACAAGAAGCAGCAGGGCGAACAGCAGCAGCAGCGAGAGCAGCAGCAAGAGCAGCAGGAGCAGGAAAAUGCUGCCCCCGCGACUUCUUGGAACUUGACGGACGCCAGCGCUGCAGCGGCCACCUUGCUGAAUGCGCGCUGCGUGCUGGUGGUGCCUGGCUGGGGCCUUGCGCAAAGUCGGUGUGGGGCGGAGUUCGCGGAGACAGUGAAGCUGCUGCUGCUGGGGUCCUGCGUGGAGAUAGGCGUGAGUCCCAUAGCGGGAUUGUUUCCGGGCCACAUUUCUUUGUUUCUGCAGGGCGUGCCGGAGCGCCUAAUAAAGACAGGCGGAGAGGUCGUGGAGAUGCUGUUCAAGUACGACGCGUGCCUCAUUGUCGGCGCCAACGACGUGGUUAAUCCCACUCUCACUCAAGACGGAAAGUCUCUGAAGGGGGCCAUAAUUGAGGCCUGGAGAGUGCCCAGGGUUGUGGCCCUGCGCCGCUCGCAGGGGCCCCGGGGGCCCCUUGGCGGCAAGAACAACAACCCCACCUUUUUGCGGCCCAACGUCUGCGUCUUGCCUGGAGACGCGAAAAAGUCCCUCGCGGCAAUCAACGAGGCCUUGAGGCAUCUGGGCAGGGGCGUGGGGGAGGGCAGGGGCUGGCCGCCCAUUAGAGUCUACGGGGACUUAGACGAAGACCCCACAGCCCAGCCUGUCUCCCACUGGCCCCCGCCCGUGCUGACUGUGGGGGCCCUGCGGGACCAGGUGGGAGGCGGGAUCGUCCCCCUCGAUCCCAGGGGGGUCCAGCGGCUGCGGGCCAUGGGGUUUAGGGUUUUGGUAGAAAGGGACUUAGGGGAAGAGGCCGCCACGGUCCCCACGGCUGAGGCGACCUCGGGAGCUCUCACGGCCAGCGGGGGCCCCGGGGGCCCCGGGGGCCCCUGCACUUACUCUUCUCUAGAGUACACAAUGGCGGGCGCCGAUGUUUGCGAUUUGGAAGAGGUGCUUCGGGCUGAAGUCCUCGUGCACCCAACUAUACCCCCCCUGGACUACUUUAUGAAGGCAGGCGGCCCCGCAAACGGAAGAGCAGCAAAUGCUGCAGCAGCAGCAGCAGGCGGGGGCAAAGGCAGCGUGCUGAUAUGCAGCAUUCCUCCGGGGCGCCCUUGUCCGCUGCUGCCGGCCUUGAGUGCGGCGCGCUGGUCUGUGCUUUCCCUUAGUGUCUCCUCGCCGUCUCUCCAGGCCCGCGGGGUUGCUGCUGCUGCUUCUCUCGAAGCCUUGCGAGGCAGCAAGGCGCUGCUGCAGUGCCUCUACGCGCUGCCGCGGCUGGUGAAGGGCCUCACAACUGCUGCAGGGCGCAUCGACCCCGCCAUGGUGCUGGUCCUGGGCGCGGGCGUUGAGGGGCUGCAUGCAGCAGCAGCAGCCUACAAGUCUGGCGCUAAGGUGUAUGUGGCUGACCCCCGAAUUUCCGCAAAGGCAGCAGUGGAGUCCAUUGGUGCGGUUUUUCUUUCUGUCCUUCUCCGUGUCUCUUCUUGGGAGGCCCUCAGCAGAUUUCCCCAGGUGGUUGGAACCCUCCGUGCUCUGGUUCAGAAGAGCGACAUAGUUGUUUGCGCCCCUCGCGGGCUGGACGGGGGCCCCCCAGGCGAGUUCGAGGGGGGCCCCCCUCAGCUGGUACCCGAAGAGUGGAUGGAGGGCAUGAAGGCCGGCGCUGUGGUCAUCGACAUGCUGGGGGGGCACCCAGAUGCUGCUCCAGGUUGGUUUGGCUGUGUGCAAAGGAGCCCCCAAGGAGAGCCCUUGGAGACGGGGCCCCUCUCCCCAGGGAUCAUGCAGGGGCCCCCUGUGGGGGUCACUGUGCUGGAUGGCAGCAGCCUGCAGCAGCUGAUGCCGAAGGAGACGUCGCGGAUUCUCUCUGAAAGUGUCUGCAACCUGCUGCAGCAACUGAAAAGUCCCGAAGCAUUGUCUUUGUCUCUGCCAGAUGAGACCGACCCUGUGCUGCACAGCCUGCUGCUACUUGACCGGGGUGACCCCCUCCCCCCCAAAGCCCACAGCAUUUUCAGGGGCCGCCGCACUCUGUCGCAGCUCAAACUGGGCAGCAGCAUUUCAGGGCACUCGCGGCAGAGCUCUGUCUCCUCAGAUGCAGCCAGUGCCUUCUUCCAAAAGUCGUAG